ACUACUGAAGAUGAGGCGAUCAGCAGCACCGAGUCAGUUGCAUGGAAAUUCUUCCAAAAAAGCAAAAUUUAUACCACCAGGAAGAAGUAAUCCAAGUCUGAAUGAAGAGAUUACAAAACUGAAUCUAGAUACAAAGGGUGCUGCAAAUAAUGCCCUUAUCCAGUCACAAGAGGAUCCUAGAGUAUGCAGUUCAAAUCUUUGGUGUACUGAAGGAAGCACUAGGGAAAAUAAUCAUAGGAAUAAUUACAGUGCAAAGUAUUGUUUUGAAUCAUCUUCAAUGGCAGUAUUAGAUCCACCUCAUACAGCCCCUAGAGAAAUAACAGAAUCCAAGGGACAAGAAGAGGAACUUGAGAGCCUCGUUAAAUAUUUCAGUGUUGUCUGGAGUAAGGCUUUGAAGAAAAAACACAAAAAGUGGGAAGGAGAUGCUGUUCUUAUUGUGAAAGGGAGGUCAUGUAUAUUAAAAGAUUUGGAAGGCAAAGACAUUGGGAAAGGUAUUGGAUAUAAAUUGAAAGAACUUGAAAAGAUUGAAGAGGGCCAAACAUUGAUGAUCGGUGGAAAAGAGAUAGAAAUCAUGGGUAUAAUCUCUUCAGAGGACUUCAACAGUGGCAGGUGUUUUCAGUUUGGAGGAGGAAGUUCUGCUGUCCCAAGUUCUCAGGCUGCCAGGAAGUGCUUUUCCAAGCCUUUCAGAAGUAUUUGUAAACCAAAUUCAAAGGAAAAUAUACAGGAUGAUUUCCAAAAGUACAAACCACGCCAUGACCCAUACACACCAAAUUCUCUUGUUAUGCCAAGACCAGACAAGAAUCAUCAGUGGAUGUUCAAUAAAAACUGUUUCCCUCUUGUGGAUGUAGUGAUAGAUCCUCAUGUUGUGUAUCACCUUCGACCACAUCAAAAAGAAGGAAUCAUAUUCCUUUAUGAAUGUGUAAUGGGCAUGAGAAUGAAUGGCAGAUAUGGAGCUAUUCUUGCUGAUGAGAUGGGUUUAGGGAAGACGUUGCAGUGUAUUUCGCUCAUCUGGACCCUGCAGUGUCAGGGACCCUAUGGAGGCAAGCCAGUGAUAAAGAAAACCCUAAUUGUUACUCCUGGAAGCUUGGUGAAUAACUGGAGGAAAGAAUUUAAACAAUGGCUAGGAAGUGAAAGGAUCAAGAUAUUUGCUGUUGAUCAGGACCACAAAGUUGAAGAAUUCAUCAAAUCUACACUUUAUUCCGUUCUUAUCAUCAGCUAUGAAAUGUUACUUCGUUCCCUGGAUCAAAUUAAUAAUCUAAAAUUUGAUCUUUUAAUCUGUGAUGAGGGACAUCGUUUGAAGAAUAGUGCCAUUAAGACAACUACAGCUCUCUUUAGCCUUUCUUGUGAGAAAAGAAUAAUUCUAACUGGUACUCCAAUUCAGAAUGAUCUGCAGGAAUUUUUUGCAUUAAUUGAUUUUGUAAAUCCAGGAGUAUUAGGCUCUUUGUCAUCUUACAGGAAAAUAUAUGAAGAACCCAUCGUUAUGUCACGAGAGCCUUCUGCUUCUGAGGAAGAGAAGCAGUUAGGAGACAGAAGAGCAGCUGAACUUACUCGUCUUACUGGACUUUUUAUCCUUAGAAGAACCCAGGAAGUCAUAAAUAAAUAUCUCCCACCUAAAAUAGAGAAUGUACUCUUUUGCCGACCAGGAACAUUACAGAUUGAACUUUAUAAAAAGCUGUUGAAUUCUCAGGCUGUCAGGUUCUGUCUUCAAGGGUCACUGGAAAAUAGUCCUCAUCUAAUAUGUAUAGGAGCUCUUAAAAAACUGUGCAAUCACCCCUGCCUUUUGUUCAACUCCAUAAAGGGAAAAGAAUGUAGUUCAACUAGUGAUGGAAGCGAAGAAAAGAGUCUAUAUGAAGGCUUACUAAGUGUGUUUCCUGCUGAUUACAACUCUCUGGAGUGUACUGAGGACUCAGGAAAGCUACAGGUGCUGUCAAAACUCCUCACUGUUAUCCGUGAGCUUCGUCCUACUGAAAAGGUGGUGUUGGUGUCCAACUAUACACAGACCUUGAAUAUUUUGCAAGAUGUCUGCAAGCGUUAUGGAUAUGCUUAUGCAAGACUUGAUGGACAAACACUAAUCUCUCAAAGGCAGAAAAUUGUUGAUGGUUUUAAUAGUAAAUACUCUUCUGACUUUAUUUUUUUGUUAAGUUCAAAAGCUGGUGGUGUAGGACUUAAUCUUAUUGGAGGAUCUCACUUAAUUCUGUAUGACAUUGAUUGGAAUCCAGCUACUGAUAUCCAGGCUAUGUCUAGAGUAUGGAGAGAUGGUCAGAAACAUGCCGUGCAUAUUUAUAGACUCCUAACCACAGGUACAAUAGAAGAAAAGAUCUAUCAAAGACAGAUCAGUAAGCAGGCUUUUGCUGGGGCAGUUGUAGAUCUAACCAAGACAUCCGAACAUAUUCAGUUUUCAGUAGAGGAACUUAAAAAUUUGUUCACGUUGCAUGAAAAUUCACAUUGUGUUACUCAUGACCUCCUUGAAUGUGAGUGCAGUGGAGAAGAUCACACAGAUGAUUCUUUGGAAAAAGAUGCUGUCACUAGACAUUGUCAGCUUGGUCUCGGUCAACACAAAUCUAGCUCCUUGAAACCUCUUUCCAUGUCACAACUGAAGAAAUGGAAGCAUUUUUCUGGAGAUCAUUUAAAUCUUAUAGAUCCUUUUCUUGAAAGAAUAAGAGAAAAUGUGUCAUUCUUUUUUCAGAAUAUAACCAAUCAAGCUACUUGUAUAUAA